AUGGCGAAACGUGGCAAAAGGAAAGCUGCAGCUGCCCCAGCGACGCCUGCCCAGAAUGUGGAGCAAGUAGGCACGCUGAACCGCAGGGCAGCUGACCUGGUCCAAGAUCUUUACAAUCGAAGGUUUGCCAAAGAGGGAACAACAGAUCCUGAACCCCUUCAGUGGCCCCUGCUACAUGGUGGUACUUUCCUAGAAGUUGCCCAACGAGCUUGGUCUGAUGAUGGGGGUGUCAAGCUCAUUGACAAGAGCUUCAAAUUUCUCCAGAAGAUCGGCUACCUUGAUGAUUCCAUGACUCGCGAUAGAUUUGUGGCUGGAAUGACCACGACAGCAGUGUGGCCGCCGGAUGUUGGCAGCACCUUUGAGACGCACAUCCUGAGUUGGUCCAUGGCAAACCAAUCAUUCUGGAAAGGCUUCGUCCCCAUGAGUGAGGUUUACUGGGUGACUCUGGGAAUUGCCCAAACCAAGAUCAGAGAGGCCUGGUGCCCGAAUGUCAGAUAUCUCGCCGAAAUGACCAUAGGACUCAAGCCAGGAUUUUGGAGACCUCCUCUGGGAGGAGGUCGCCGCCCACAAGUAUGA